AUGGAAGAUACUGUUGACGAUGUAUUCCGAUUAGAAUCAGAAAUUAAAAAUCUCAAAUUCGCAUUGAGUAUUAUAGAGGGGAAAUUACAAGACCCAUUUAUAGAACGCAGAGCUUCGUCUACAAAUAAUAAAAGAAAUCCAAGCGAAGACAUUAAUGAAAUAACGAUGACCCCCAUCAAUCUUCAUGUCUAUUGCAACAAAAAUCCAAUUUUUUAAUAUAAAAUUUUAUAUAUAAAAAAAUAUAAUAAUUUUCAUGUCUCUUGCAACAAAUUAUAUACAUUAAAAUGGUGGCACGUGCCAACCUGCCCUCUUGGCACAGCAGUUCAGACCUUAUGGCUACAGCGAACUGGGACGGACUCCGAACCGAGAAUCAGACUCAGGCUCAGAAGCGUGUAUCCGGGUAGGCUUUGGCUGCUUUCCUGUGUUUGGAAAUGGAGAUGCUCAACAACAUCCUUGGAUCCGAGGACCAAUGGGUAUUCCUCUAACGAGAAACUGGGGUUUCAGCCCAGGCCACAGGGGAACAGUCUUUUUCCUGUAGCUGCCGAAGAAAGGCACUUUGACACCCAAUAGACUCCAAGAGCUGAUCCUUGGAAUCAAGCUACUCCAAUCGCCCGUAGCAGGGCGCAGAAAUCCAUAAGCCGCCCACUCAAGACUGAACUCCCAAGGCAAGGAGGAGACAGAAGGUACCGGAAGGGCACUCGUAAGAGGGAUAGAUCCUCUGGGCUGGAGUCGAAAAGCAGUAGAACUUUCCGUACGGGAGGUCUUUAAUUACUGUGUCAUCAAUAUGGCUAGCGCCUGUCUGUAAUAAUCUUAAUCCUAAUCCUCUUGCAACAAAUUUUCGAUGCGCAUCUUAAAAUUUUUCCGUACUUUUUAGCUAGGUAAGUUUAAUAAAAUGGCGAGCGAUGACAAUAACCGUCCAAAUCUCGAUGAGAAGGCCAUUGACACACCUACAGUAGCGCUGUUUUAUGGUUUUUUUGAGAAGCUCACCUAGAGAAAAAUGCUUUAAUUUUUUCUAUAAAAAAUGUUGUGUUGUAGUGGGCAUGAAGAUUUUUUCGAAAAACUUUUGUUGCAGUAGACAUGAAGAUUGAAGGGGGGGGUCAUCGUUAAUUGCUUUAUUUGCAGAUCGGGAAAGCGAAUUAAAAGCUUGUAUUGAAAUCGCAAAUAAUUUACUUAACACAACAGAAAAAUCAAUCAUAUUAAUAAAAAACCAGAAGGAAGAUAGCAAAAUCCACAAAGAAAUUCUCUACCAAGAAAACCAAAAAAUGAAAACUCAAUUAUCAAAAACAGCCAAAAAAUUUGAACAAACUAGUUCUGCUUUAUUUUUAUCUGAAGAACAAUUACAAGUUCUUAAUGCAGAAUAUCAAAAAAUUCUUUCAGAAUGCAACAAACUCAAAGAAAUGCCAAUUUCACUUGAGGAUGAAAUAAUUAAUCUAAAAACAUUUUUUCGAGAACAAUUUGAAAGCAUGUAUAAAGAAAUAGUAGGUCUUGAAAAGAAAAAUAAAGAAAUUGCUGAUGAAUACCAAAAAUUGGGUGCAGGUUCAAGAAUCGUGCAAUUUUGAUUGGAGAAAAUUUGAUAAUAAAUUUUAAAUAUUGUGUCAUUUGAUUGAAUUUUAACAGUUCUUUUCGGUUAAAUGCCUCUUAUCAAGAAUUUCGAUCAAAGUUCCCGAGGUAAUGCCCCUCAAUAAAAUAAAUGAUCAUUUGGCAUGUAGCCAAAAUUGGAAAUGCUUUACGAUGAAAAGUGUGAAAAAUUAAAUAAUUUAAAAAAAAAAUACGAAAAGUGCAGUGAAAAGUGUAGUUUGCUCGAAAAUGACAUAUUGGAAUAUAGCAACGAAUUGAUGGAUAAGGAACAAAAAUAUGGCGAAAUGAUGGUAACCAACGAAAAACUAAGAAUUCAGGUGGAAAAGCUUGAAGAAGACCUUUCAAUAUUAGAAAAUGUAAGAGUAAAAGCCACUGAGCCCAAAAAUAAUGAGAAGAGCAUUUCUCUUUCUUCAGAGCUAGAUAUCAUAGAUGAAGAACAAUUAUUUUACAAAAAUAGAAAGAAAUCUGACUCCCCUCCCCCCUUUAAAUUGGAACUAAAAAAUUUUGUUCCAAUUUAAAGGGGGGUUAAUUUUAUUUUUUAAAAAAAAAUAUCAAUAUAAAAUGUUUUAUAAAAAAAAAUUAUAUAUAAAAAUUUAAAAAAAAAAAAAAAUUCAAAAACUUAUCGAAUUAGAUCUAUAAAUUUGUUUAAUAAAAUGCUAUUUACUCUUUAUCCUUUAAAACAAAGCAAGAUAUAACUAAAUUUUCAUUAUUAGUUAAUACGCCACUAUUAAUUGGUAUCAAAAUUAUUUACACAAAAAAAUUAUUAUUUUUAUUGAUAAAAAAAUUAAAAAAAAAAAAUUUAAGAAAAUUUAUCGAUCAAAGUGCUAAUUUUGUUUAAAUAAGAUAUUAUUUAUACUCUAUUCUUUAAAAUAAAGCAAGAAAUAAGUAAAUUUUGAAAUUUUAUAAAGAAUUCCUAUUGAAUUUAUAUCAAACUAUCCAAAUAAAAAAUAUCAUUUUUAUCAAAAAAAAAACAAAAAUUAUUUUUGAAAAUUUUUAAAACAAAAAUUAAUUUUUUUUUAAAAUUUAGCAAUUAAGGAUAAUAAAUUUAUUUAAAUAAGAUGUUCUUUAUACUUUUUUCUUUAAAAAAGAGCAAGAUAUAACUAAAUUUUUAAUUUUAGUUAAGAAAAAACAUUUAACUUAUAUCAAAACUUUUUAGAUAAAAAAUUAUAUAUAAUGUUUUAUUAUAAAAUUAAAUUUUGUCCAAUUUAAAGGGGGGGUUAAUUUACCAAAAAAGUGGAAUUUUACCGAUAUUUUGUUCCAAUUUAAAGGGGGGGGGAGUGAGAUUAAGCAAAUAAGUAUCAUGCUAGAUGAUGAUACAGAAGCAUCAGAAACCCCACAGGUAAAUACGCCUAAAGCACUUACCAUUUUAUCAAGCCAAACCUUAAAGUCAGAUCAACUGGCCAAAGAUUCAAAAAUUAUUACAAAUAUAAACUCCAUUCUAUUAAAACCUCAAAAUUCCUGUGAAUUUGCUGGUCGAAAAGAGCCUGCUGAAGAAUAUUUCAUUCUCUCUACUCAAGCAGUCAAACUAAAUCUUUCAUACAUGGAUGCUAUUUGUAUCAUUCCUCCUAAAGAUUUAUAUCGCAAAGCCUUGAAAGAGAACGUCCCAUUCCAUACAUGACAUCAAUGGAUUGAGAAGCAGUUAUACUCAGCAUAUAUACAAUUAAAAUUCGCAAGAAGUUAUAAAAAUAUUUAG